AUGUCAGCAGAUGUGGUGGCUAUGUGGGACGUGUCUUUGAGUGACGGGAUAUUCCGGAUUGAAUUUGAGCAUGGAACCGCAACUGGGAGACGUGUGAUUUACAUCAAUGGAAAGGAGGUUUUCAGGAGGGACUGGAUGUUCAGACUUGUGGGCAAAGAGACUUUCCCUGUUGGAAGUGCAGGCACUAAAGCCACCAUAAACAUAGAAGCAAUCACCGGCUUUGCUUACGAAUAUACUCUUAAAAUUGAUGGGAAAAGCUUCCAGACCUUCAUGGCCAACCGAUCCAAAACCUCCAAAACAUGGCUGCUGAAACUCGACGGCGCUGACUGCAGGAUCGUGCUGGAGAAAGAUACCAUGAAUGUAUGGUGUAAUGGGCAACAGAUGGAAACCACGGGGGACUUCGGCGAUGACAGCACUGAGACACACUUUGCAGUGGGAGACCAUGAGUGUUUCAUAACAGCCUCGAGCAGCAACAAGAAGAGAAGUGGAAUAAUCCACUCUCUGCUCAUCGAUGGGACAAGGGUUCCGGAAGUCAUGGAAUGA